CGGUUACAUUUUGAUAUUUGAUAUAACACUAACCGAACCUAAUGGAGGAACCCCAAUUGAAAUAUUUUGGUCGGAAAAGUGGAAAUUUUGGGAUAAUAUAUGGCUCCAAUCAGUGAAGCACUUAUUUUUUCUUUCAAAAGCUCCAAAAAUAGUGACGACCCUGGCGAAAAAAAAAUAGAAAGCUUUAAAGUGGCUUCAUCAAUAAUGGAUGCUCCCCUACUGAGUAACACCGUUGAAGGUGCCGUUGACUACCAAGGUCGCCCGGCGAUUCGAUCCAAAACCGGCAGAUGGAGAUCUUCUGGUUUCAUAAUUGGAGUGGAGAUAGCAGAGAGGUUUUCGUAUUGUGGAAUUGGUUCCAACCUAAUAACCUACUUGACUGGGCCGCUGAAGCAAACGACGGUGAGUGCCGCCGUGAACGUGAACACCUGGUCAGGGGUGGCUUCCAUGACCCCUCUCUUGGGAGCUUUUGUUGCCGAUGCUUAUCUUGGCCGAUACCGGACUAUUAUCUUCGCUUCUCUCCUCUAUGUUUUGGGAUUGGGGUUGUUAACAUUAUCAACGAUGAUUCCUACUUUCAGUCCACCAAAUUGCCACAAUAACAUUAACAUGACAUCCUGUCAUCCUCCUCAAUACCAAAUCAUCUUCUUCUUCUCCUCUCUAUAUUUGGUGGCUCUUGCACAAGGUGGGCACAAGCCUUGUGUACAAGCUUUUGGUGCAGAUCAAUUUGACGGCCAACAUCCAGAGGAAUGCAAGUCCAAGAGCUCUUUCUUUAACUGGUGGUAUUUUGGAAUGUGUGGGGGUAUUGUGUUCUCCAACUUGAUCUUAAUUUACAUUCAGGACAACCUGAAUUGGAGUCUUGGCUUUGGAAUUCCAUGUGUUUGCAUGAUAGUUGCACUUGUAGUUUUCUUGUUUGGAACCAACAUUUAUCGCUACAGUUUCAAUGAUGAUAAUGAUAAUCCAUUCAGAGGUAUUGUGCAAGUGUUUGUUGCAGCGGUAAGGAAUCGGCUAGCCACUCCUCCACCAGCCACUGUUGAUGAGGAAGGUGGUGGAACUCUUCCCCUACAAGGUGCCAACCAAUUCAGGUUUCUUGACAAGGCAUUGGUCACUGUAUCCGAAAAUUCCAAGAAAGAUUGGGUAGUAUGUAGUGUCAAUCAGGUGGAAGAAGCCAAGGCAUUACUAAGACUGGUUCCUAUAUGGGCGGCAUGUUUAAUAUUUGCAGCUGUGAAUGCACAAUCUUCCACAUUCUUCACUAAGCAAGGAGCCACAAUGGAUAGAACAAUAUGGUCAGGUUUCCAGAUACCACCUGCAUCACUUCAAACCUUUAUUAACCUCUCCAUCUUUAUUUUCAUGCCCUUCUAUGAUCGCGUCCUCAUUCCCAUUGCCCGAGUUUUUACCAAGAAACCGUCUGGGAUAACAACGCUGCAAAGAAUAGGAACCGGAAUAGUUUUAUCUACUAUCUCCAUGGUGGUAGCAGCACUAGUUGAGAAGAAAAGGCUUCAAACUGCCAUUGAUUCCAAGAUAGUGGAUAUACCAGAAGCAGCAGUUCCUAUGAGUGUUUGGUGGUUGGUUCCUCAAUACAUCUUAAUUGGAAUUGCUGAUGCCUUCACCAUGGUUGGUCUGCAAGAAUUUUUCUAUGAUGAGAUGCCAAAAGGGUUGAAGAGUCUUGGUCUUGCUCUUUAUCUCAGCAUCUUUGGUGUAGGAAGCUUUCUAAGUAGCUUCCUUGUCUCUACCAUAGAGAAGUUAACGGGUGAGUAUGGCCAUGACAGUUGGUUCUCAAACAAUCUUAAUAGAGCUCAUCUUGAUUAUUUCUAUUGGCUUCUUCUUGGUCUAAGUGCUCUGGGAUUGCUUUUCUAUUUGUAUUUUGCCAAAUCUUAUGUCUAUAGUAGGGGAUAUAUUCUAUAAGCCUUUUGCAUAAUAUCACGUGUAAAAAUAUUAAAAUAAAGUUUUUUUUUUGGUGAAAAUGUUAAAAUAAAGGUUGAUGGUUUGAUGCA